GAACUCUCACCUCUCCUCGCCGCUGCCGGCGACCAAGAAACCUAGCGCGCCAGGAGUUCGCGACGGAGACUGCGCCUGCGCGAGGUCGGCCGAGGCGCUCCUCUGGGAAGGCGGUGGGGACGGCCCUGGAGGAAAAUGCCAGUGAUGGACCUUGUGAGAGUUGCCCGGCUCUUCUCCAGCCCCCGCCCUGUGGGACUGUCCAUCCUGCACCGCCUUGACCCUCUCGGAGCCAGGUGGGCAGGAGGCAGGAAGGGGCCUGCCUGGCUGAUUCGGCCAGCGCCAGCAGCCUCCAGCAGCUCCCUCUCUCAGCGGCCCCUCAGCCAAGGGAGCCAGAAGAACACAGGCAGCCUCAGCCCUGACCUGAGCCAGCCCAGCCCAGCAGCCGCCCAGGGGGAAGAGGAGGAGGAGAGCUUUGGGACUCUGUCUGACAAGUACUCCUCCCGGAGAAUGUUCCACAAAUCCACGGCCCAGCUAUAUAACCUGCGGCUCAAGGAACAGAGUAUUGGAGAAGAUGAGGAGGGGGAACUAGAGGCAAAAUCAUGGCAGGGACCGAGAAACACCCCUUACUGGUACUUCUUUCAGUGCAAACGGCUCAUCAAGGAAGGAAAGCUGGCCGAGGCCCUGGACCUGUUUGAGAGGCAAAUGCUGAAGGAGGAGCGACUCCAGCCCCUCGAGUGCAACUACACGGUGCUGAUCGGGGGCUGCGGGCGAACCGGCUACCUGAAGAAGGCCUUCAGGCUGUACAACGACAUGAAGAAGCGGGACUUGGAGCCCUCAGACGCCACCUACACAGCCCUGUUCAACGUCUGCGCCGAGUCCCCCUGGAAGGACUCUGCUCUGCAGAGCGCCCUGAAGCUACGGCAGCAGCUUCAGGCCAGAAACUUCCAGCUCAACUUGAAAACGUACCACGCCCUGCUGAAGAUGGCUGCCAGGUGCGCAGACCUCAGGAUGUGCCUGGAUGUGUUUAAGGAGAUCAUCCAGAAGGGACACGUGGUCACUGAGGAGACCUUCAGUUACCUGCUCAUGGGCUGCAUCCAGGACAAGAAGACGGGCUUCCGACACGCCCUGCAGGUGUGGAGGCAGAUGCUGAGUCUGGGGCUCCAGCCGAGCCGGCAUGGCUACAACCUGCUGUUGGGGGCAGCUCGGGACUGCGGCCUGGGGGACCCAGAGGUGGCCUCGGCGGUGCUCCUGAGACCCAGGGAGGAACUGGUCCUGCUCCAGCCCCCAGCAGGUGGGCGGCGGGCAAGGCAGAGAGCUGGGGCCGAGGUGGACCACAGCAUGUCAGCUAGGCUGCACGUGGAGGCCCUGGAGAGACAGCUAUUUCUGGAACCUUCUCAGGCCUUUGAGGGGCCGCCAGAGCCUCAGGAGGCCAGAUCUGCCAGCAAGGCCCAGCCUGGGGUGGAAACCAAGGCAGAGCCUGAGCACACAGUGGCCCUCAGCUCUGCGGCCCCGGAGCCACCUCUCCAGGGGCUGGAGGCCAACCUCCUGGCUCCAGGGGCAGUCUCCUCAGCUGUCGUCUCCUUUGGGACUGUGACUACCCCAGCAGACAGGCUGGCCCUGAUGGGGGGCUUGGAGGGUUUCCUGGGCAAGAUGGCAGAGCACGGGCUUCAGCCUGACAUCAAAACCCUCACGCUGCUGGCUGAGCUGGUGGAGCCCGGCAGCCCCGCUGAGUCCUCGCUGCUGACCCUCCUGGACACGCACCAGAUGGAGGCCGACCUGACCUUCUUCCACACGCUGAUGAGGAAGAAGAGCAAGCUGGGCGACCUGGAGGGGGCGAAGGCACUGCUGCCGGUCCUGGCAAAGAGGGGACUCGUCCCCAACAUGCAGACGUUCUGCAACCUGGCCAUCGGGUGCCGCAGGCCAGGGGAUGGUCUGCAGCUGCUGGCAGACAUGAAGAAAGCCGGGAUGACCCCCAACACCCACAUCUACAGCGCCCUCAUCAGCGCGGCCGUCAAGAGGCUGGACUACUCCUAUCUCAUCGACAUCCUCAGGGACAUGAGGCGGAGCGGCGUCCCGGCGAACGAGGUGGUCAUCCGCCAGCUGGAGUUCGCGGCCCAGUACCCUCCCACCUUUGACCGGUACAAAGGGAAAAACACCUACUUGGAGAAGAUCGAUGGCUUCCGAGCUUAUUACAAGCAGUGGCUGAAAGUGAUGCCAGCAGAGGAAACCCCCCACCCGUGGCAGAAGUUUCGGACCAAACCAAAGGGAGACCAAGACACCGUCACUGUGGCUGAUGUGCACAGAGGCCUUGGGGACAGGUGACGGGGAGACCCUGGGGGACCUCCAGCAGAGUCGGAACAAGUGCACAGCCUUCACGGUGCUCUGUGGGAGCCCCAGGAGUCUCCUUUGCUUUAAAGACAUGUGAAGGUACUGGUAUAGCUGCAAGCACGAGGGGAUGGUCUGGGCCAGAGUGACAGCUGCAGCAUUUGGGAGGCACUGUUCUGAGGACAGACCCUGGGCCCAGGGUGCCCAAGUUCAUGGCAAGUCCAAGAACAGCCUGGGCCGCCUUGGCACAUUAUCUCAGGCCAUCCACGCCUGAGAGGUGGUCACCCCCAUCACUGACAAGGACAGUGAAUUUGCUCAGGGUCCCUCAGCACCUGUGAAGUGGAGUCGGGAUUGAGUCCUAAGGCAUCUGGUCUGCAGGGCCUGGCUCUCUCCCCCUGGGCUCCGCACACUGCUGGCUCUGAAAGAAGCAAUGCAGGGCCCAAAAGGUUUAAAAGUUUUUAUUUCUAUAAAUCACCGCAGAUGCACAGCAAAGCUGUCACACAGAGACUGUGCUCCUCCUCGGGCCUGGGUAGCGCUCUGCAGGAGGAGCUGCUCCCAGGCAACGGGUGGCGUGACAGGCAGAAACCUGCAGUCCGCGGUCCAGUGCAGAGAAGGGUCGGGGUCCGAGGGCUUCAGCCAGAGCAGCCCCGGCAGCCGCAGUGUGUGCACUCAAUGAUCCGGCCCUGUGGAGAGAGGACGGCUGAGACACCAGGCCUGCCACAUGCCACAUGCAGGAACCCUCCUGGGAAGGGUGGCCCUGGGACCUUCCCUCCCCGCAGGACACCUCUCAGAAUCCCUCUGUGACAGUUCUGGAUGGAGAAAAUCCAGUUCCCUCACAAAGAUGGAAAGAGCUGCUGUUGACACUAAAGUUAUAUCUCUGUGUGUUUAAUCUAUGCAAAUUCAAUAUAUAUACAUGCUCCCCAAAAAGGGAGAAAAAAAUC